CUUUCGCCUUCCAGGCUUCAAGGCCGUCACCACUCCAGCUAGCAAUCCACGUCCAGGAUAAUGAAGCUCUCGGCGAGCUGACAUGUCUCGGCCACCGUUGUCGCUUCCCCGCGGAACUACUAGCAGUGUGCCUGCGAGCCAGAACACGGCCCCCGUCAUUAAAUUCCGCUGCCUGUACACCCACGACGUCAGGCGGAAGGCAAAGCGCUGGCAGGAUGGCUAUCUCAAAUUUCACACCUUCAAUAAACGUGCCAUGGUGUACGACGACGCGGGCAAUUUCAUAGGCGACCACCAUUGGCGAGACAGCAACGAGAUCCAGGACGGCGAUGAAUUGGAGCUGGAUAAGGGUGUUCUGAUACAGGUUAGCGAAUGCAUGGAAAGAACGCAGGCCGAUAUUUCUGCGUUGUUCGAGAAGCGCAAAGCCAGCCAGGAAUCUCCACAACAGAGCACCCCAUUGGCACCCCCAUCAACACUCCCUCUGUCUUCUCGAACUGCGGUACCUGCGCGGACCGGGCCACCCAGAUCCCUCAAUGACCUCCUGGGAAUCAAACGGCCGUCUACUGGCCGUGUAGCUGCCAUCCAGUCACCGUAUGAACAACGUCAUCCAACAAAAACAAACCAUAAACCCCAAGAGCAAGAAGAACGCCCUCGCCCAGCCAAGCGAUCGAAACAAUCGCCUCCAGUUGUUUCAGAAGAAAAGGGUUCUCAGCGGCAAAUCCGAGGCUUCCCUGAAAUAAUCGAACUAGGAAAUUCUACUUCACAGACACACUUAACCGGGACCAUAUUGACGGAACCUGUGGUGUCCAGUGAACCGCGACAGCCAGACAAACGACAUAACAGCUCCCAUGUUUCUGCAAAUGCAACCUCUAGGCCACGCUCCAAUGAUCAUGUUGCUAAAGCACAAAAACAAGUCAAUAGUCCUGUGCCAGCACGAGACUUGGCACGGAACCAGUCAAAGUCGAUACUAGGAGAAGCUCCUUUACGCACUCCUUUAUCCUUGGAGAAAACAGAAGUGCAAGUUGCCAAGAGCAGACUCGAAACAAAUAAACCUCAAACCCGUCUAAACCCACUACGCAUGAGCAUUGAAAAGCCCCGUCCGAAACUCAUGUAUAAGGCUCAUACCUCGAAGGCUUCAAACAAUAGGACUGUCGAAUCAGCACAGGCGGGCUCCAAUCCAUUCGUUUCUGGGACAUUACUACCAGGGUCACACACUGAUUGUGAUAUCUCAGCUUCGACUCUUGCAGUCCUCGAGGAGAUUAAUGAGGAGGAGUCGUUCGGCAAUACCAGGGAAGAGAAUGCCUUAAUGCCAGAUAGCAUCCUGUCCAAGAAAGAAACUUCUCAAUCAACACGAACAAGGGCACUCUACCGAGUUCCUUCUCAUACAGCAAUUCACGGUUCUGCCGCAUCUUCUGCUGGUAUAGAACUAAAAGAUGAUCUCAACCCACCAACCUCGUUGCAGAUACAUAUUCAACAACGGGAUUCUGGUCCCACUCAUACAAAACAUAAUAUAACAAGAAGUCACUCUGAUUUAUCUUCUAUGCUUCUUGAAUCUCAUCCGAUGGUCUCAGAUCCCAUGGUAGGAAUAUCUGAACCAUCAGUGGCGGAAAAGCAAGGCUUUGCUCGCAGGAGGAAAGAACCCAAAGCAUUCCGUAAAUCCUACUCUGACACGACGGCGCUGUGGAACGAACUUAAUCAUAAUCAUGGGCCAUCGCUUCCAGUAGCCACAGAACGACCUCCUAUAAGCGAGUCAAAUCAUGAAGAUUCCGAAAAGGGACCCUGGACUGCGGAAGCAUUAGACUUCUUUGACUGGUGGCCACCGGGGCGGCAGAAGCCUUGAAAAUUGAUGGUGACCUAACCACAGCAUCAACGAUAACGAUUUAUGAUGUACUCUAUACGAAGGCUUUGCCACUGGAUUUAUAGGUAUAUAGAUAUUCACUUGUAGAAAUAAAUGGAAUUGAACA